CACAGAGAAUUCCAUCCAAGGGCUGCACUCGGGACUCGGCACAGCCUGCAGGAUGAGCCUGAGCAUGGAGAGCCAGCGACAGUCCUCUUAUCGGCGGCGGUUUGGCCCCCAAGCCACCGCUGUCCACCAGCCCCUGAGAUCCUCACCCCUCUUCUGGCUCCUGUCCCCCAGCCCCAGCACCAGAGUCUCCAUGACCAAGAAGAGGACCUCGAGCCUGAGCAUCCGUGCCAGCCCCAGGUUCUCCCAGGACAAGGCAGAUUUCUCCCUGGCCGACGCCCUCAACACCGAGUUCAAGGAGACACGCACCAACGAGAAGGUGGAGAUGAUGGAGCUGAACGACCGCUUCGCCAGCUACAUCGAGAAGGUGCGCUUCCUGGAGCAGCAGAACAAGGUACUCGUGGCAGAGCUCAACCAGAUCAGAGACAAGGAGCCCACCAAGCUGGGCGACAUCUACCAUGAGGAGCUGCGAGAGCUCCGCCGGCAGGUGGACCAGCUGUCUAAUGCCAAGACCAGGCUGGAGAUCGAGAGGGACAACCUGCUGGACGACGUCAACGGCCUCCGGCAAAAGUUACAGGAAGAGACUAAUCUACGGCUUGAAGCCGAAAACAAUUUGUCUUCCUACAGACAGGAUGUUGACAGUGCUGCACUCGUGCGCCUGGACCUGGAGCGGAAAGUCGAGUCCCUGCAGGAGGAGAUCAACUUCCUGAGGAAAGUCCAUGAGGAGGAGCUGAGAGAGCUGCAGGAGCAGCUGGCGCAGCAGCAGGUCCACAUUGAGAUGGACAUGUCCAAACCGGACCUGACGGCUGCGCUGCGGGAGAUCCGCAUUCAGUACGAGUCCAUGGCCUCCAGCAACAUGCACGAGACCGAGGAGUGGUACAAGUCCAAGUUUGCAGACCUGACGGAUGCGGCAGCUCGGAACAUUGAAGCCUUGCGCCUGGCCAAGCAAGAAGCCAAUGAGUACCGGCGCCAGCUCCAGGCACUCACCUGCGACCUGGAGUCCCUGCGGGGAAUGAAUGAAUCCCUGGAGAGGCAGCUGCGGGAGAUGGAGGACCGCUAUGCCACGGAGACAGCCAGUUACCAGGACACCGUCAUCCAGCUGGAGGAGGACAUCCGGAACCUCAAGCAGGAGAUGGCUCGGCACCUCCAGGAAUACCAGGACCUGCUCAACGUCAAGCUGGCCUUGGACAUUGAGAUUACCACCUACCGCAAGCUCCUGGAGGGAGAGGAAAGCAGGAUCACGAUCCCCGUGCAGACCUUCUCCAACCUGCAGAUCCGAGAGACCAGCCUGGAUACCAAGUCAGUGUCUGAGGCUCACCUGAAGAGGAACAUCGUGGUCAAAACUGUGGAGACCAGAGAUGCAGAGGUGACCAAGGAAUCCACCCAGGAGCACAAGGACUAAGGCGGGUGGAGCGCGAGGGUCGGCUAGCGUGUAGCUGUAGAUCACUAGCAGCGUAGAUCCCGCCUGACACUCAGCCCCUCUGAUGUGGAACCAGGAGGGCUCGGCUGCUGCGAGGGACCCACAUGGAGGGAGCGUGUUUCGCUUGCCGGGGAGUGGCGCUAACGAGCCUAACCGAGGAGCUAGAGUAACCAGCGCCCCUUAGCACCGCUGCACACUGUUCCGAGCCCCGUCUCUCCCUCCCGCUGCCCCUGCCCAGUCUCCCGUCUGCCUUGGUCCGUGGCAGUCGCGCCCCUCUGGGAGAGGCCUGCUGAGCUGCUCCAGAGCCUGGUGGUGUUUGAGGCCCUGCUGAGGCUGCCAGAGCUCACCUAGGGAUAGGGCUGUGCUGGGCCCACCCAGAAACCCAUGAACGCCGGCUCCCUUGGGGGGCUCUGCAGGAGGCCGUCUGCAGAGGGAAGGCAAAGCAAUGGAAGGGCCAGCUGAUGCCCACAGAAAGGGCCAAAUCCCUGGCCCGGGGGCUGCAGAGUUUCCACGGCCUGCUGGAGCCAAGGGGUGGGAUUUGGCUGCACCCCACCGCCUGCCCCAGAUCUCAAAGCCCCUAGGAUGGCUGAGGCCCUGACCCCAGCUCAGGCCCAGGCACCCCCAGGAGAGGUAGGAGGGGCCCUGAGUGUGAGUCUGCCCAGGGUUAACGCUGACAGCGCCCAUGAUCUGGCCCAGGGAGACCCCCAUGGAGUUGCAAGGGGGGGUGAUGCUGUGGAGAGCAGCUCUCCUUCAGCACAGCCCCUCACGCCCCCCACCAGCCUCUUGGAGAUCAGGCUGAAAGGCUUCCAGGGCGGGAGAUACUGCUGCCCUCCCUGGGGUGGGCUUGGGCCCAAAGGAGCAGGGUUUCUGCUCCCUGGCCCCUGCAAUGGGAUGGUGCAGCAGCACCUGCCCCCCAGUGCACCAGCGGUGGGUCUGGGGGAGGCAAAGGCACUAGGCAGCCGCGCUGCACCAAAGGCCCUGGCCGGCCCGGGAGCUGCGGCUGGGCUAAUGUGGAGGAGAGCUGAUUGGAACUGGAGGCAGGAGCCCUGACGGGGGGGGGGGGGGGGGGGGGGGGCUGGGCUGGCUGAUGUCCCCGCUUUGUGCUGAGGGCUUGGAACUGAUGUUUCCUGCUCACUGAGCACCAGGCAGAUUAGCCAGAGGAGCUGAGGGGACGGGAGGGACAGAGCCUCACAGGGAAACAGCUCCCUGCUGCUGGCAGGGGGCCACGAAGCCUCUUCAGGCUGCACAGAGGACAUCAGACCCAUCAUGGGGGGAGGGCUGCGGGCCGCAGCCUCCGGACAGCUUCUUGGUUUAAUCCAGGCCUGUUCCCAGACCCCGGGCUGGCCAGCUGCGAGGGGCAUGAGUGGCGGGGCCCUGCCGAGCAGUGAGGCGCAGGUUUGCCCUGCUUGGCGAUGGCAGCGUCCAGCUCUCGCUGUCACGGCCCCUCCAAGCGGCACUGCACAGCCAGGGAGCUGGUGAGCUGACUGUGCCCUGCUUGGCUACAGCCUGGGCCAAGGCCAGCCAGGUCAGGGGCUCAGGGGCUCGGGACUGGGUCAGGCGCUCCCUGCCAUUGGCUCCCCUGGGAGCAGAGCAGGCCGUUAGCUCUCCCAUCUGUGUGUGUGUGGGGGGGUAUUUUCCUCCCUCCCAGACAGGCUGAGGGGAGCUCACUGGUGUUUGGGAGGGGGCAGAGCCAUCACAGAGCAGGCCCUAUGGCAGGAGGGGCUGGCGGCAUGAGUUAAAGCCCAGGAGGGUCCCUGCGCCCUCCCAGUGCGAAGGGUUUGUUACCGGGGCCCCUUGUCUCCCGGUUUCCCACGGGGUUGCUCUGAAACGCUCACUCUGUGGGGCAGUGCCAGCAGAGGGUGCCUGGCUCAGGCAGGUACUGCCCUCGCUCGGGAGGGUGGCAGAAUCUGGCUCUAUGUCGAAUUCUCUCUAUGGAUUGUUCUCUGUGUGUCCUGAACUGUUGGACAGUGGUGUGUGCCGGUGAACAGCUGCCACCUUCUGCCCCAGAGGUGGCUGCAUUGCAGCCGGGGUGAAUACAGUGGAGGGAUGUGACUAUGGGUGUAGAGCCAGCAAGGUGGCUGAUCUCAACCAGCCAGCGCUUCUUCCCCCAGUUGGACAUUUCUAAUGCAUGUGAAAAUGGAGAGGGUGGAGAGAAAGGGACUGGAGGGUGAGAGAGGAGCCGGAUGGGGCCGGCCUGUCUGGGAGCCCCAUUGUGUGUUCAGGGGCAGGAGAUGCUCCUAGUGACCGUAGCUGCGUUGGGGGGGAAGGGGGCUCCAUUGUCACUCCAGCCCCAGCUGCGCUGCAGCCCCCUCUGGGCCAUGCUCUGCCUGUGAUCUAGGUGCCAACACAACACUGCCCCCCGUGCCUGCCACCCUGCAGCCUCAUGCGGAGAUGGGCAGCGGGAGGGGGGGGCGGCAGCAGGCCCAGAGUUUACAUAUUCUGUGUCCCAUAGGAGCCCAGUCAGCUGGGACUGCCUGGCAAAGACCCUGCCAGCCAUCACACGUGGGCAGCGAAUCCUGCGAGUGCGAGCGCAGCCGUGCGUGGGGCGGAAAGGUCAGCCCUGCUCCACUGCCCUGAACCUCCGCUAUACACAUAGUUCCCAGCCAAGCCAAUGUGAGCCAGCCACCCCGCAGGGCAGGACGGUCGUAACUCAUCAAAGAGCUGCUCAGAAUGACCUCCCCAGGGCUCAGCCUGCUAGACUGGGCCUGCCGCUCCUGACCCAGGGCUGCCGUAUCUAGCUGCAUCCCGGUGCUAGGAGCCCUCCGCCCCAUUUCCCUUGUGCAUGGUUGGUUUAGGAGCGAAGAUCUAAUGGCUGCUUCCAGGAGCAGUUAGUGCCAUUCAUCUGCCCCUCCGCUAUCUCCACUGCGCGCAGGCUCUGAGUGCAGGUUAUCACCGUGGAUCCACGCAACCUUGCAGCUCCCCAGAGGCAGGGGCGUAUUAUCAUCCCGCACGUGCAGCUGGGCCAGCUGAGGCAGAGAGAGGCGUGACGUGCCCAAGCUCACCCAGCAAGGCAGUGGCAGAGCCAGCCUAGCCCCUGCCUCCCCUAGCUCCCACCCCUGUGCCCUACCCACUAGACAACACUCUCCUUGUAGAGUCUCCACAAGAGCGUCCCAAAGCAUGGAGGGGAUGGUGGCACUGACGUGGCCCUGCAAGGCACCUGCAGCAGCCGUGCUGGGCCCUGGAGUGACUCUCCCAGCUGGGUGCCGACCUGUUCAGAAGAGAUCAGAGAUUCUGGGCAGCUCAGGUUUUGGGGAUCUGGGGGAUUUUCAGAGGUGGGUGCCCAGCAUUUCUUAAAACCAGAACUCUUCAAAGUGUCUCCACAUGAGCCCCCAAAAUGGAGCCCUGCCCCAACUCAUUCAUCAUUUAGGAGCAGGGACCUUUGGCCUCAGAACCUCUGUUUCCAGAGCCCAGACCCUAAUCCAGCCACAGGGAGGGGCAGGGUCAAACCAGAGACAGAGUCCCCAGAGCUGCAGGAAUUGGCUGCCCUGGGCUGUUCCUGGAAGGCCUGGGGUGUGUGGGGGGCCCAGGUAGGAGGUGGCCUGAGGCGCGCCAGGGAGCAGGUGUGUUGUGUGUCGUUUGCAUAGAACCCUCGCUCUGCGCUCUGAUACGGGAGUGAGCAAUCUCCCGCUGGAGUGUCUGCAUUGCAUGGGGCUACUGAAUUCAUAUGCUAAUAGCAGCAGCCUGAGUCGAGAAAUAAAGCUAAAGCAAGCA